GUCUCUCUCGUCUCUUCUCUCACACUUUGAUAAGCCACUGAAAAACCCUACUCCUUCGGUCUUUCCUAGUCUCUCCAAUGGCGAAACUCUGAACUAAGCCGGGAAGCAGCUCGGAAAUGAACCCCGUUCAGUCCCCGACGCCUCCGUUGUCGACCCCUGAGCUCAUCGACCUCGUCACCACCGCUCUCACCUCCAAGAAAUCCCAGUUCGAGACCCUAAUCCCGCACAUCCCACACCUCACGCCGUCUCUCCUCCUCCCAAUCUUCGCCUCCAAAACCCUAGCCCGCCGCCCCAACACCCUCCUCUCCUUCUUCAAAUGGUGCCAAUCCCACAACCCUUCCAUCUCCCGGUCCCCGUCCCUCCUCCUCUCCCUCCUCCCGCCUCUCUUCUCGUACCGGAAGUUCCCCGACGCAAAGAGUCUCCUCGUCGCGUUCAUAUCGUCCGACCGGAAGCACGAUCUCCACAAAUUGAUCCUCUCCCCCGAUCAGACUGUCCCAAGGCCGUCCAAGGAUCUUCUGGACACUUCGAUCGGGGCGUAUGUCCAAUGCGGUCAUCCGCACCUGGCCGUGCAGAUUUUUAACAAGAUGAAGCGGUCGGGGAUGCGGCCGAACUUGCUCACCUGCAACACCCUUCUAAAUGCCUUGGUGAAGUACCCUUCUCUGCAUUCAGUCCAGCUGGCUAGGGAGGUUUUUAGUGAUGUCUUGAGGAUUGGAGUAUUGCCGAACACGAGGACUUGUAAUAUUAUGAUUUGCGGUUAUUGUUUGGAGAAUAAGAUUGACAAGGCAUUGGAGUUUGUUAAUGGAAUGGUCGACGAGUUUGGGUGUGUACCUGAUAAUGUGACUUAUAAUACGAUAUUGGAUGUAUUGUGCAAGAGAGGCAGGUUGAAAGAGGUGAGGGAUCUGUUGCAGGAUAUGAAGGAUAGGGGCCUGGUGCCGGACAGGAAUACCUUUAAUAUAUUGGUUUGUGGGUAUUGCAGGUUGGGGUGGUUGAAGGAGGCGGCUCAGGUGAUAGACUCGAUGAUGCAGAACAACAUGAUUCCCGAUGUUUGGACGUAUAAUAAGUUGAUCAGCGGGUUUUGCAAGGAGGGUAAGCUUGAUCAGGCAUUUAGGGUUAAGGAUGAUAUGGAGAAUUCUAAGUUGUUGCCAGAUGUGGUGACAUAUAACACUUUGAUCGAUGGGUGCUUCAAAUGGAGCAGCAGCUCCGAGGCAUUUGAGUUGAUAGAGGAAAUGCAGGAGAAAGGUGUGAAGCUCAAUGCAGUCACGCAUAAUAUAAUCAUUAAUUUGUAUUGCAAGGAAAAGAAAAUGGAUGAAGCUAGCGACGCCUUGCUGAAAAUGGAAGAAAGUGGAAUCUCUCCAGAUUGUGUCACUUAUAAUACUUUGAUAGAUGGAAACUGUAAAGCAAACAACUUGGAAGACGCUCUGAGGCUGAUGCAUGAGAUGGGAAAUAAAGGUUUGAAAAUGGAUAGCUUCACUCUGAAUACUGUUCUCCAUGCUCUUUGCAGGGAGAAAAAGCUUGACAAAGCCUAUGACACGCUCUGUAGUGCCAGCAAGCGCGGUUAUUUUGUCGAUGAGGUUAGUUAUGGUACCUUAAUCACAGGUUAUUUCGAUGAUGAAAAGAUUGAUAAAGCUUUGGAGUUAUGGGAUGAGAUGAAGGAGAAGGGGAUCACUCCCAGCAUUAUUACCUAUAAUUCUCUCAUAGCAGGUCUCUGCCAGUUCGGAAAAACUGAUGAAGCAAUGAAGAAGCUGAUUGAGCUUCUACAUAGUGGUGUAGUCCCAGAUGAAACCACAUACAACACAAUCUUGAGUGGUUACUGCAGGGAAGGAUUUUCUGAGAAAGCAUUUCAACUUCAUAACAGGAUGGUUGAAAAUUCAUUUAAGCCUGACGUCUUUACAUGCAAUAUUCUACUUAGCGGUCUUUGCAAGGAAGGGAUGCUAGAGAAGGCUCUCAGACUCUUCAGCACGUGGAACUCCAAAGGAAAAGUUACAGAUGUGGUUACCUAUAACACACUGAUAUCAUGCUUGUGUAAAGAAGGUAGAUUUGAGGAGGCGUUUGAUCUUCUUGCGGAAAUGCAAGUAAAGACGAAGGGUCCUGAUUCUUAUACAUAUACUGCCAUUGUCAGUGCUCUCACUGAUGCUGGUAGAAGGAAGAAAGUGGAGGAGCUUAUCUCUAUGAUGGUUGAAGCAGGGAAAUUAACAGAUUUCUCUUUAGACAAUGAGCAGGCACAAAACGUUGUGAUUAAUGAACCUCCAGAGGAGCUUGAUUCAUUUUCUAUUGUCCAUUCAGAACAGAUAAUUCAGCUAUGUUCUCAAAGUAAAUACAAGGAUGCUAUGUUAGUUUUUGAAGAUUCAAAACAGCAGGGUGUUGUCCUAAGCAAAAUGGCCUACAUCAGUUUGAUGGCUGGGCUCAUUAAAAGAAGAAAGAGCGUCUCUAGGGUUGGAAGACAGUAAUUAUGUUUUCUCAGGUUGUUAAAUUAAUAUUGGCAACAUGGGGGCAAAGCCGUUGAUGCUGUGUUUUGUGACCUUGCACCAAAAGGAUAACCUGCUUCGAGGUAUUGUCACCCUCUCCCUCCUCUCCUGUUCCGUGGGCUCCAACAUCAAUACUUUCGUGCUCAGCGAUGCUCAUAACUCGGAGCUAGGCUUUGAUUAGUUUUGAUAAAACUGCUUCCUGGUGGAAAAUUUUUGUAUUAGGAAACUUUUUCAUGGGAAACAAUUUACGUAACAUUUUUUCAGUAUUUGGUCCAUAUGCAAGAACUUGGCUUUUAUGAUGUCUCUGAUCGGUGAAAAGCACCUCUAAGGCUGCACCGGGAUUUUUGAAUAACUGGAGAUUCAGUCUCUUCUAUUCCUGUUCCAGGAAAAUGUUUGUGGUACCAUGUGAGGUUGAACUGCAAUGCAAGCCUCAACUUGUAGGUAAUUGGUGAGAGUUUAAGAGUUGCUGACAUACCUAGGGCAGCGCUGAAGAGAAAUAUGCUGGCGCUUUUUAAGCCUAAUUGAAAGCAUUAUUCUCCAGUGCGGGUAAGUCGAAGUAAAUCUCUUCUCAGAAGAAUAUCAAAUUGGGACAUUACCUUGCUGGCCAAGAAACUGUGGUGUUACUUUUAUUUGUCUUUGACCGUCAAGUGUAACAGGUCCAUUGAAGGGAUACAUAAAGCUUUAAUAGAGUUGGAGAUGGAAUUGCAGUUGGCUUAUUUUGUUUGAAGCCAAAGAGGACAAUGAUGAUUAUCACACUUGCUCUGGAACUGGGCAAAUGACCCGAGUGGCGUGCUGAGAAUCAUGAAUUUUCUAGUCAGGUUAAUUCAGUUCUAAAUAAAGAAGCAAGAAUCGGGUGCAAAUUCUUUCAUAAGAGUGAAGAUUAUUGAGUCUCGCAAUUGAGAUAUAAGUGAGCGAGUAGCGUCGAAGGAACUCGUGAGCAGCAGUAGCUUGAAAGCCAUAGAAAUCCUGAAAAUGGGAAAGGGAAAUUUUCGCCUGUACAUCGAUGAGAUUGAUUGAUUGUAAAUGCAUAAUAAUCCAAGCACCCCAUUGUACGUCUCACCUGUUCUUGUGUCAAUACUGUGUACCCUCGCCUUAUCAUUUCACUUAGCUUUUGCAGCGGGAGGUUGCCAGUGAAUGUGAACGGAGAUUCAAACCUGGAUCAGGGUUCUUCGCCUCGGUCAAUUGUAAUUUUGUACUUUCGGUUACUAAAUGUUUCUGCUUUGUGGUCGCAUUCCAAAAUGUGGCAUAGACAUGACUCGAAACACAUUUCAUCAAUGUUUCCAAGGCUAAUAUGUACAGAUUUU